UAAUUUAUUAGUAAAAAAGGGGCUACUACCCGAUACUACUCUUCAAUAUUUGUAUCCAAUACAAAUAAUUAAUUCGUGUAUUUACUUAUUGUGAUAAAAGAUAUUAAUAUUAGACAAAAUGACUGCCGACGCUCUCGCUAAGACUAGAAUCACCAACCGUGUGGCCCGCCUCAAGAAGAGUGCUGCUGCGCGUUACAACAUCGAUGAGAAGGAGGUGCACAUUGGCCACAUCGCUCUGGAGUCCAUGUUACUGGACCCGGACAUGAUCAGCCAGAUUGAUUUCACUACUGGACAAGAGGAAACGAAUAGAUCUGUGGCCCAGCGCUCAAGCCGCCUCGCCAGUGCUAUGGUGAAUGCUGGCCUGAAGCCUGGAGACCCUGCAAUUGUCAUGGGCAACAACCACAUGGACCUCUGCAUCCCAUACUUUGCCUGCCACUUCGGAGGAUAUCCCAUGUGUGCCAUCGACCCCAGUAUUGGCAAAAAUGACCUAGUGAGAUUAUUCCCAUACAUCUUCCCCAAAAUCGUGUUCUGUCUGAAGUCUUGCGAAGAAAAGGUCCGAGAAGCGUUCAAGGUCAACAACCUUGAGGGCUUCAUCGUCGUAUUUGAUGACAAAAAAACUGAUCUAGAGGCUUUCGUUCAGGAGCACAACGGCACUGAAGUUGACUACAGGCCUGCCACUUUCGACCAUUCCAAGAUUGCUGCCUGGUUGAUGUUGACUAGCGGCACCACUGGCUUACCGAAAGUCGCCAUCAUACCAUUUGACACUCUACUCCAUGGAAUCAUCAGUUGGUGGGAACCCUUCCCAGAGAAAGUGGAAAGUAUUCUGGCUAUGGCCACAUUACAAUGGAUGUCAUCCCUACUCUACUUCAUUUCGGGCCCACUGAAGGGCUCCACCAGGAUUCAGGCCUCCGAACCAUUAUCCCCGAUGAAACUCGUCCAAAUUAUCAACAAAUACAGGCCCGUCACGACAGCGUUUACGCCAUAUUUAUUAGGUCAUUUUCUGAAUGUCGCCGAAAAAAAUUGUGACUUAUCGUGUUUCAAAUACAUUGUUAUUGCGGGCAGUGCUAUCGAGAAACCAUUAUUGGACAGAUUUAAAAAAGUAUGCGAUGCUUUCAUGUACCUGGUUUAUGGAAUGACGGAGUUGUUGGUACCUACCUUUGACUACAACGACGACACUCCAUUCGGAUCGACCGGCAAGCCUCAGUCACAGUAUGAGUUCAAGCUCGUGGAUGACAAUGCAAAAACUUUGGAAGGAUCAUACAAGACCGGUGAACUGUGGAUUAAGGGCAACGCCUUCUUCAAGGGCUAUCUAAACAAUGCUGAGGAGACUAAGACCAUGUUGACUGACGACGGAUGGUUCAAAACUGGAGACAUGUUCUACAAGGACGACCAAGAUUAUUACUACUUUGUGGAGCGCAAGAGACUUUUAAUUAAGCACUACGGUUUUCUGCUUUCCCCAUUACAAAUGGAGGAGAUUGUCAAGCGUCACCCAUCCAUAGUAGAUGCCUGUGCGGUCAGCCUACCACAACUUGAUUGCACCGAACUGCCCGUAUUUGCCCUACAGAGAAGAAAUGGUGACAAAGUUGAUACACAAGAAGUCGCCGAGUUAUUGAGAAAGAACAUGGAAGGGAAGCGACUGAACGGCGGGUUUUUCUUCGUAGAUUCAUUACCCGUCACGCCCUCCGGCAAGAUACAUAGAGCAAAAGUGAAGGAGAUGGCACAGGCAGCACAAAAAAUCCUCUUCUAGUGUACUAGAUAGACUAUCAACUAUCACUGUUCACUAAUACUGGUCACUUGCCAGUAAGAAUCUUUAUGUUAUUACUAUUAGGUCGAGAUUAAAUGUAAAAUUCUCAUUUUAGUAAAUAAUUCACAUUACUUACUAGGUUAAUUAAUAUUGAAAUGAGUAAAACAUUUUCUAGAACUCAUUAGGUUUAUAGGAUUUAUAUGUAUUAUAGUGAAUGUACAAUGUAUAUAGUUAUGUUAAUGAUAUAAGCUGCCUAUGUUUUAUUUAUUUAUUAAAAAUAUUGUACAUGACAAAAUGUUAUUGAAAUAAAUAUAUGUAUACUAACUAUUAAGUAUAAUGUUUAGGCUAACAUUUAAAAUAAUAUUGUAAAUUAGUUCAUUAAUGAAUUGUAUUAUGUAAGUAGGAAAAUAAGAUUUGAAUAUGAAUAAAAAUAAAACAUUAUCAAAAUA